AUGCCCAGAAAUACAUCCUCCGGAGUUCGGGGCCCCAACUCUGCUUUGACAGAGUUCUUAAGGAACGAAGGUAUCACUGAGAAUUUCAAUCGUCGUAGGCAAGAAGUCGUUGCGGCCGAGACAGACACUUCAGAAGCUGAAGUGACACCUGCACCCGCCUCUGCUAGAACUAGAACUCGAACUCGAACCAGAGCCAGGGCGAGCACGAGAACAAGAUCCAGGGCUACGAUAGGCGAUGACGAUGACGAUGAUGAUGAUGAUGAAGAAGAAGAGGAGGAUGAAGAAAUCACCCAAAUCAAAGAAGCUGCAAAAAGAAAGCGUAGAGCAGCUGCAAAGAGACGCAACUCUCCAUCCGAAUCUUCAGAUUCGGACUUUGAUUUAUCGGAUGAAGAUGCUUUGGCUAAUGGAAGCAAGUUCAAAAAAUUCGGUGAAGAGGACGAGUGCGUGGACUGUGAGUCUACCUUUCUAAUCACAGUCUACUCUCGUUAUGAUAAGGAUAGGAAGGGCUACCUUUGUGAAACUUGUAACGAAGAAUUGAAGAAAAGAGAACGUAAUGCUCGUAGAAAUCAGUUGAACGCACGUAAAAAGAGAAAGAAGAUGGCGCUGGCUUUAUUAGAUAAAACCGAGGUUAAAGUUCCCUCUUUACAAGAUAUUUGUAUAAAGAGGAUCACACAGAAUAUCGAAGAUGUAGAUGUCCUUGGAGAUAUUGGCCAGGCUAAUUUGAAUAAGAUAUCCAAGAUUCUUUCGAGAAACAGAUCGCUCAACAACUCUACGAUAUCGUUGUUCUUGAAUCCUGGCUUGAAGAGCUUAGAAUUUUGGGACUGUUCUAACGUUGAUUCGGAUUCUUUGAAUAAAAUUGCCCUGUACUGCCCUGGCUUAGAGUCGUUGACCUUGUUCAUGUGUGGUCAUUUGCACAAUGAUAACUUAAAAUACUAUUCGACAAAUCUUUGUAAUUUGAAAGAACUACUGCUAAAUGGACCAUUCUUGAUAAGUGAUAUUAUGUGGCAAGAUUACUUUGAAUCUCCAGGUACCAAUUUGUCAAUGUUUGAGAUUAGAAAUACCCAUAGAUUCGGUAAUGAUUCACUCAUCUGCUUAUUGGAAAAUUUUGGUAAGGAAUUGACGCUGCUAAAACUUUCAAGGUUAGACGGACUAAACUCUGCUGCCAUUUAUGAGUUGAUUCCCCAUUACUUGGAAACAAAUUCAUUAAUUUCAUUGGAACUCUCUUACCCUACUUCAGAGGACUUGAUAACUGAUGAAUUAUUGAUUAAUAUCCUUUCUGUCACUGGUGAAACGAUUACUAAUUUGAACGUUGAUGGAUGCAUAAACUUGACUGAUAAGUUUCUUUUGGAAGGAGUUUGUAAGUUCUGUCCUAAUUUGACUUCUCUCUCUAUGAAACUUGUUGAUCAAGUUACAAAUGAAGGUUUUGCAAAAGCUUUUACUGAUUACAAGGAGGUGAACAGCAGUGGAUUGACUGAGGUGGCAUUGACGAAAUGUACCGGCUUGGGUGACGAAGCAAUUUACAGUUUACUAUCACACUCAAGUCAUACGCUAUUGGAACUAAAUUUGAAUUCCAUUCACAAGAUAACUAGACAUUUUUGGCUACAGAUAUUUACUGAUGAUUACAAUGCUUCAAAGAAAGCAUUGAAAGAAGCAGUUGAACAAGAAGAACUACAACCGCAGAACAAUGAAAACGAUGAUGAUGAGGAAGUGUCUCAAAAUAUCCAAAAGUAUUUUGCAGAGAUCAAGUUCCCACUUCUUACAACCUUAGACGUUGGCUUUGUUAGAUCUGUAGAUAACGAAAUCCUUGAGCUUGUAGGAGAAAAAUGCUCAAAACUAAAAAUCUUGGAAGUUUAUGGGAACAAUAAAUGUACCUCAAGGGCAAAAAUAAGGGAAGGUCUACUCGUAAUCGGAAGGCAGAGUGAUUGUAUUUGA